CCCAACCAGCCCUGCUAAAAAUGUUGCCACCUUCAUCCGCCGCAAAACCGCCGGGUGCCGCCGCCGCAGCCGACUCUAGCUGCUGGCAGUUUGCAUGGGAAGCUCAGUCGCACGCGUCAAUCCUUCGACUACUCCUAUUCAAAGCAAACACGAAGCCCUCAGCUCUGUGCAGAGACCUCAAACUCAGCUUUCACCCCCAAAAAGCUCUGCUUACGGUGUCGUUUUGGGAAAGCGAGGGCCAAAUAGAGACCUCGGUUAGUGUUCCAGUGCCGCGGGUCUUAGUUGACCCGGAAUCUCCGCUCAAUUCAAGGGUUUUCGAUGAUCACAUUGAGGUUAAGCUGGUUUUGUUACUUCCGGUCGACCACCCGCUUGUUUCUAAUUUCGAUUCUAUCCUUAAUGUCGACGACAACAGCGAUAAGCUUCUUCCGCUUUCUGUGGAUUCUGAUUUAAAGAAGUUGUCUUGUAUGGAGGAGGUGCAUUUCUACUGCAGAAAUUGCUCGUCUAAGUUAACGAAGGGUCUCCGAUGUUUCAAGGAAAUGCCUUCAGUUAACUGGAGAGAGGUUGCUGAUAAUUGGUUUGGAAACUGUUGCUGUUCAUUUGGAGGUGUAAGUGAGAAGCUGGUUGCGGAAUAUGCGAAAUCCUAUACUUGUGUUCCAGGUGUAUGCCUUUUGAAUUCAACCUCUGUUGCUUUAUGCACGAAUGAUAUUUUGGGGUGGAAAUUCCAUGACAUGCAGAGCAGGCAAAAUAUUGAGCCUGAUGUAAAUCCACAAAGCCGUUACUCUUCAGACACAGUUUCACCAAAUGAGGUUUGUAAGAAAGUACCAGCAGAUUGUUGCAGAAAUCAUAGUGGUGGGUUGCUGGAUAUUCAAAGCACGAAAGAAAUCGUGUUCCGUGAAGAUAAACCUUCAGCAGAUGAGGAAAAUGAGACUCUGAAGAACGUAGUUGACAGUGAUAGUUUGUCAUCCACCUUUGCUGCAUUACAAAUUGAAGAAAACAAAGGAUUAAUGAAUGAAGAAACUCAAAACUGUCAUAUUAAUUGUUGUACUUCAAAUAUUUCAGAAACCUCUUCUAAGGUGCAAAUGAAUGAAGAAAAUGUUGAACUUCUUGAAAACCAGAAAUUGUUUCUCGAUGGUUAUCUGGGGAAUGGUUUUAUGGUUCGGUCUUCUGAGCUUUCAAAAGAUUUCUGCUGGUUCAACUAUUUAUGCCCACACUGUUCCUGUCUGCUUGGCGCAUAUCCUUGCUUUGAUGAUAAUGUACCAUUAGAUGGCGGAAUUCGCUUAUUCAAAUGCUAUAUUUCAACUUGCGUGUCUUCCACUGGAUCCAGUGAUGCAUUUGCGAGUUACUCCCUGGAGAGAAUGUUUGCCAGUCAGUUGCUCGAAAAUGCAGAAGAUGAAUUAUCGUUCAGGACAAUAGUUAGAGACAUUGAAACAAAAUUGCCUUUGUUGCAAAUUGUUAUCCUGAAUCCAAAUUCUUGGGAAUGUGCUGGAAGUUUGCGCUCUGCAGAACCAGUUGAUAAGUUGGUUUUGCAUCCUGUAAGUAGAGUGCUGUUCUCAGCCUCUGGUCAUGGCAUUGAUUCAAUGACUUUGGAUGAGUGGAUGAGAAAGAAUCAAGCAGAUGAAAUUUACAUGUUCUCAUCUCAAAUAUCCGAACUAACACAAGUGCUGGAGCUGGCCAACUGUCUAACUCCACCAUCAUGUAGGUCACUGCAGGGCUUACUUCUAUCAUCCCUAAGGAGAUAACUGGUACCAACAUAUCGAAUUUAAGCUGGAAUUUUUCUCCAACAAUAUUCACAAUUGAUGGAACCUAUUCAUAUCAAUUUCAAUGUUGGUUGUACACUUGUGAAAAGGGUAAAACGUUUCAUCCAAGUGUCAAGGGUCAGUAUGGAAUCCAAUCUUGUUCUCUUAUUGGCUCUAUAAAUAGAAACCAAGAAACCCUAAGUUUCUAUAUAUCCAGAGUAAGAAGAUUGGUCUUACAUGAAGAUAAAAAAGCCCAGGUUUGAUAGCCAAGGAUGACUUGCCUGAACCCUCCAUUAUUGGGGGUUUUCUAGACUUUUACUUCAAUAUUUUGACACCCAAAAUAUCCAAUUUGGACACCAGGCGGUCUCCUUGGCUAAUCUCACUGACUUUUGUUUUUCAUGCUAGCCCUAAUCUUCUUUUUCCAACUUGACAAAAAUAUGGAGUUUUUCUCCUCAUUGCCUGGUAUGUUACCAAAUAAGCAUUGUGCACAUGUUUACAAUCGCAUUCUAUCAAUUCCUCCUUUUGUUAUUAUGGUGCAUAUUAUAUAUAGUAAUUGGUAUUCUUUGUUAUUACAAUUAAAGUUUUGCUUUAACUGAAUUUUAUACAUCCAGCUGGUUUCCGAACCGGUAGGGGAGGGGUUUAAACCCUCAACCAAUAAACCUUUUUAUUUCUUAUAAAGUUAUUAAAUUCUCUGUAUUUUAUGCAUAUCAUUACUAAAUCAUAUUCAUAUCAUAUGAAAAUUUAAAGGGCAAUAUCACUUUAAAUCUCAAACUAUUUUUGGCAUGGACGUGACGACAAUCUUGAGGCUCAGUCCACAAAACUCGCAUACCCAUUUUAUUAGGGCAAUCAGAUCUUCUCUUGCACCAUUGUACCAAAUUCUUUCCCUUUGCCACCUUAUAUGUUGCUGUCUUUCUUAGCAAUUUCACCUCUUUUCGUGCAAUUCAUCGAGCACGACGGCGUCAAACUCAAUCCUACCGCUCCUGAUGAGAUGGUGUCGGGGUUUGGGUGUGGCAUAGGAGGCGUUGGCCAUGGAUGUCGAUGAUGUGGACGACGCAGUGGAGGAGGAGCUUUCUAACGAUGAGUGGGUUGGCGUUGAGGGUGGAUUUGGUGGCGUGAGCUUGCAAUUAUUUGAUGGGAGGGAGAGGAGAGUGAGACAUUGAAAUUUUUUUAUUUUUGUAAUAACCAGUAUGCCAAUGCACGGGAAAUAUUAUAUACGUGGUAAAUUUAAUAUUUUAUUAUUAAAUA